AUGGUCAACCCCACCAUGUUUUUUAACCUUGCCAUCGAUGGUGAGCACUUGGACAACAUCUCCGUCAAACUGUUUGCAGACAAGUUUCCAAAGACAACAGAAAACUUUGGUGCUCUGAGCACUGGAGAGAAAGAAUUUGGUUAUAAGGGUUCCGGCUUUCACAGAAUUAUUCCAGGGUUUAUGUAUCAGAGUGCUGACUUCACACGCCAUGAAGGCACUGGUGGCAAGUCCAUCUAUGGGGAGAAAUCUGAUGAUGAGAACUUCAUCCGAAAGCAUACAGGUCCUGGCAUUUUGUCCAGGGCAAAUGCUGGACCUAGCACAAACGGUUCCCAGUUUUUCAUCUGCACUGCCAACACUGAGUGGUUGAAUGGCAAGCAUGUGGUCUUUGGCAAAGUGAAAGAAGGCAUGAAUAUUGUGAAGGCCAUAGGCUAUGGAACGCUUUGGGUACAGAAAUGGCAAGACCAGAAAGAUCACCAUUGUUGACUGUGGACAACUCUAGUAAGUUUCACUUGUAUUUUAUCUUAACCACUAGACCAUUCCUUCUGUAGCUCAGGAGAGCAGCUCUCCACCCCAUUUGCUAGCAGUAUCCUAGAAUCUUUGCGCUCUCGCUGCAGUUCCCUUUGGGUUCCAUGUUU